ACGUUCCUCACGUAAACUAAACAUAUAUAAAAACGGUGCCUGAAGCUUUAUACUGAAUGUUUUUCAGUAUUUACAUACUUACAUUAAAAAAUGUGCAAAUUCAGUGUUGUGUUCCUAUAUUCAGCCGUGAUGGCUGUCAAUAUUUGGAGUGCUUGUUGCAUUAGUGAGGAAGAUAAAGCAGCCAUCAUAACAGCGAUAGCACCCCUCGCACAGAACUGCGGCUCUGAAUGUGGACUUGAUAACGAUGACUUCGAGAAGUACAAAGAGGAUGGGUCAGACAUGGACCCCUGUUUUAAAGCUUGCUUGAUGACGCAGAUGGGAGUUUUGGACAAAGAAGGAAAGUACGAUGGCAAAGGAUUACAUAAAGCAAUGGAAGAGGCAGAUUAUCCGGGAGACAAAGACGACGCUCAGAAAUUCUUAGAUGAAUUGGAUAGGUGUUUUGAUGCUAAAGGAGACAAUAGUGGUAGCGAUGAAGAAGCUAAGAUGAAGAGAGCAGAUGUCCUAUUCCAAUGUAUGCAAGAUAUGAAAGAGAAGUAGUUGAAGAAACGGUGUAACCACUGUUACAGUUGCUGUCCCAGAUUAACACAGUAGAGCCGUAUCGACCGUCUAGCAGAAUUGGUAUCCUUACCUAUUAUGUAACUUCCUAUAAAUACAUUAUUAUAUGCCAUUACA